CUUCCGCCAUUUUCAAAACCGUGGAAAUCGAAUAAUUACUGACUUCUACCACUCUUUUUGCUAUUUCCUUGGGUCUGAUUGCUGAUCAAACGCGACCAUUCCUUUACUGAACCUUUGUCUUAUGCUGAUACUCAAAGUAGUACAAUAAUGUUCUCACCCUCAUCUGGCCCAUCUUCCGAACCAAUGACUCUCGGCUCUCCAGCGGCUAGUCCAGUUCAUCAGGCAUCCUUUCUACCUGGUUAUCUUCUUGGUGAUACGUCUGCUAUGUCUCCAGGACACCAGAGAUCGUUAUGGUCUUCCCCCAGUGGUCACAGUCCUCCGCAUGGAACACCAGGCCGACUAUCCGCAGCACAGUCGGGGGGUUUCCUUCAGUCACCAAGGUCGGAGGCAAAAACUAGGGACUACAGUCAUAGGACCAAAGAUAAAACUGGGGCCCCACCUGUCCAGGGCUUGAUUGAUCAAAUAACUAGUCCUGCCCCUGUCGCUAGUCCAUUUGGAAAUGCUGCUCUUGGGAAAAGACAGCUGGAUUUUAGUCAUGCGAGGACGCCACAGUUCCCCUCAGACAUGGGAAGGUCCCCUGCCCAGUUUUCCACGCCUGGGCCCCCGCCGACUGAGAUGUCUCAUAGUUUCAUUGGGCCGUUUGGAUCACAACAAAAGAAGCAAGUUCCCUCGCCGACACAGAUUGAUCCAUUUUAUACGCAAGGUGAAUCAAUACGACCUGAUGAUGAGCUUGACGAAACUUGGGUAACCAUAUUCGGGUUCCCGCCAGCAGCGACCUCGUUCAUCUUACAGCAGUUCUCACAGUACGGAAAUAUAAUCAAACACACAAUAGCAAAUGAUGGUAACUGGAUGCAUCUUCACUUUCAAUCAAAAAUACAGGCAAAGAAAGCGCUCAGUAAAAACGGUAAAGUGUUCGGGAAUGGUAUCAUGGUUGGAGUACAGCCUUGUAUAGAUAAGAGUGUGAUGGAGUCUGACAGAGACAAUCAUCUUCAUCAGAGCAUGUUAGGUACACCCAUACAACAGAUAGGACCAGGGGAAUCAUUCAAUACAUCUAAGUCAACUCCAAUGAGACCACUAACUGCUGCUUACCGGGCGGCAAGUAGUGAUCAUGAGGUUGUCUCGCAAAGCAACACGCCUCAGAAGAAUUCCAGUAUAAUGUCAAAAGCAAUGGAGUAUAUGUUUGGCUGGUGAUGUUGGACACUUUAGGGAAUAAUAAACAAUCUUUGAACAUUCUUGAUUCUAGCUGGGAAUAUAAAUGAUAUAGAUAAUGGCUAAUACUUAUAAAGACUAGUAAAUGCUUUUACUACAGUUUUCUACGGAGAUGGCUAGUGUAAAUGUACAUGAAGUUUAAAGUAAAAGCAUUUACUAGUCUUAUAAAUAUCGGCCAAUGUAUCUGAAGUAUGACCUAAGUCAAAAACUUUCAACUUUUUCCAGCCAUUUUAAGCUUCUUUUUCAUGCAGUGGCAUUUUUCUUGAAAUGGGGUAUAGGGGUGGCCGCCUGGACACAAUGUGGAGACUGUCUUUUUCUGUUGUAUCAUUGACUAUUCAGAAGAUUUUCAGUGGCGGAGUUUGUUCAUGGCACUGU